GACACGCUCACACACAAACUGAGAGACGGACGAUAAGAUUCACCUUCAGACGAGAGAGACAUCUACAGGAGGGAUACUGGGAACACUGGAAUACUGCCAUUUUAACCCCCUGCUGACUAAACACUGAGAUUUUUAAGAUCAAAGUCAGAGUAACUUUCAGGGACCGGAGCAACUGAGCUGCUGUGUUUUCAGCUUCACUCAGAAGCUAAAUGUCUUCCAGAUCAGAGGACGAUCUCUGCUGUUCUGUCUGUCAGGACGUCUGCAAAGAUCCUGUCAUCCUGCCGUGCAGCCACAGCUUCUGUAAUGUUUGUCUGCAGAGCUGGUGGACGGGGAAAGAUGUCUUACGGUGUCCAGUUUGCAUGAGAAAAUAUCGUCACGGCGAGCUGGAGAAUCUGUGUGUGAGCUUCUUCCAUGAGAGAGGUUUGAAACCUUCAGAGGCUCCCAGAUUCAGACCUGUUUAUGAAGCUGCACGAGACAAAAAGAAACUUCAGGAAUCUCUGAAGCCUUUAAAGGAGAAGUUAGAGGAUUUUGAAGACAUUAAAGUGAAGUUUGAGCAAAUGGCAGAAUACGUUCACGUCCAGGCCCGGCGCACAGAGAUGCGGAUUAAGGAGCAGUUUAAGAAGCUUCACCGGUUUCUGGAGAAGGAAGAGGAGGCCAGAAUGGCUGCACUGAGGGAGGAAGAGGAGCAGAAGAGUCAGAGGAUGAAGGAGGAGCUGGAGGCUCUGAGCAGAGAGAUAGCAGCUCUUUCAGACACAGUCAGAGACUCAGAGGAAGAGCUGAGAGCCGAAGACGUCUCAUCCCUGCUCAACUACAAGGCUGCAGUGGACAGAGUCCAGCAGCGCCCCCUGCUGGAGGAUCCACAGCUGCUCUCAGGAGCUCUGAUAGACGAGGCCAAACACCUGGGCAACCUCACCUUCAACAUCUGGAACAAGAUGAAGGACAUGGUCUCCUACAGUCCUCUGAUUUUGGACCCAAACACAGCUGGUGAAAGACUCGUCCUGUCUGAGGAUCUGACCCGCGGGUGGCGAGGAGACAAACAGCAUCGCCCUGAUAAUCCAGAGAGGAUGGACUACUACUGCUGCUCCGUCCUCGGCUCCCAGGGCUUCAACUCCGGGACUCACAGCUGGGACAUCGAGGUCGGAGACAGCAAAGGCUGGACACUGGGUGUGUUAGCCGAGUCCGUCCACAGGAGAGGACACAUAGAGUGUGGAUUAUGGAGGCUGUGUUUCUCUUUCGGUGUGUACUACGCCUUAUCCCCGUCACAACAAGACACGAAUGUCCGAGUGCAGAGGAAGCUCCGGAGGGUCCGAGUCAAUCUGGACUGGACCGGAGGGAAGCUGUCUUUCUCCGAUCCCGACACCGCCACACACAUACACACCUUCACACACACUUUCACUGAGAGGAUGUUUCCAUUCAUUAACAAUGUGGACAAUCUGCCACUGAAGGUUUUCCCGCUGAAGGUCUCUGUGAGUGUACAGCAACAUAAAUAGAUGAUGACCAUCGCUAUUUUCCUCUUUUUUAUAUGUUUUUAACUACUGUGUUUGUCGUAUUAUCCAUGUCCCAAAUAAAGACAUCAAUCAAUC